CUCCCACAUCCAGUCACUAGCAGAGGGGAGUGCCCGCAACACUGCAUCCUCACCACCAUCAUUAUCAUCCCCGCUCACCACGACGUGACUGCCAGAGCGACUCCCGACGACAUCGCUCACCGCCGGCCUUCCAGCGCAGCCUGAGCCUGCUAUCCUCGGUGGACUUUCCGUGUGACGGAUACCAAGCAUGGAUGACUUAGAUGUUCCUCAGAUGCGGAGAGAAGUGGAAUCUCUUCAGUAUCAGCUGGCCAUCAACAGAGAGAAAUCCUCCAUCACCGUCACUGAGCUGGUGAAGUGGAUCGAGGGUUGCGUUUGCGAGGAUCCUUUCCUGAACCCUGAGCUGAUGAGAGCUAACCCCUGGGUGGAGAAAGGCAAGUGUGUGAUCCUCUGAUGAUCACACACAAACAUACAGAAAUGUAUUUACACACACACAGGCAAUGCACGGAUGCACAAUAAACUUAAAUAUUGGGCACUCACUCAUUCACACAGCAUUAAACACACACAUGCACUACUGCUAUAGCUGUUUAUUUAUUUGGAGAACUUGAAUGCUAUUAUUUUAAGAUUGGUGCGUGUGUGUGUGUGUGUAUGCACAGCACUGAGUAGCUUUUUAGAUGUUUGUUUUUAUUGGCUCUUUACACUGUCAAUUAAAAUAAAGACUGUUUAGAAUUAA